AGUUGCCGACGCUGAAGGCGCAAGGAUAUCCGAAGCGCUUGCCAGGAUUCCCAUCGAAACCAAAACAAACCUCAAGUGGACACGUGUUUGGCGCGAAACGAUAUCGGCCGAUGAACCGAGACCUAUACCGAUAUAGGCAUAGGGAAAUUGUGUGUUAAAAAGUGAUUUGCAUAGUGCUAACCCUCCAGAGACGCCUUCAUCCUGGCCAUGUCCCGACGCAAACAGGCCAAGCCGCGCGCCUGUCUCAAACUUGGCGAAAAGGAGGAGGAGACACAGCCCAAUGUGGGUGACCUGCUGGAGCCCAAGGAGGAGCUGCUCAGUGCGGACGAGGAGGAUGGGGAAGAGGACGCCGAGGCGGAGGAGGAUGCUGAGGGAGAACUGCUUACCGAGGAGAAGCCACUCAAGCCCAAUGAAUCACAGCCACAAAGCCACUGGACAACAGCUGAUGAGGAUCCGGCCGGGGGCUCGCUUGUGCCAAAAGAAGAAGCAGAAGAAGUACAACACCCACGGGAUAAGGAAGGUCCUGCUGCUGGUGGUGCAUCUGAUGCAGCUGCCAAUGCCAACGGGCACUGCAAGUCCUCUGUCCGAACCCACAACAAGAACAAUCCUGAUGACGAGGAGGACGCGGUGGCGGAUGCUGAGAAUGCGGAGGAGGAGCCAGAAGACAUGGACUUGGAUGACGACCUGCUGAGUCUCAGUGGCGAAGAGGACUACGAUGAUGAAGAGCUGCAGAGUCUCGACAGCUUCUACUCAGACAUGUACAGUACCCACACCUCGUCCAGCUACUCACCGAGCAUCUCCGAUGGUACCCUGACACCCAACUCCCAUCAUCUGGCCGCUACCUCGGCGAGUGCCGGCCAGGAGGAUCCCCACCUGACCGCUGAAGGCAAGUCGAACGGAAUCCCAGGAGAGGAGCCUGCCAAGCCAAAGCGACAGCCGCACUUCCACCACCACCAUCACUACCAUCACCAGCAGGCCCUGAAGAUUGCCAACAAGCUGCGCAAAAUCAAUAAGGAGGCCAAGAUGGCAGCUGCCGGAGGAGCAUUAGCCGGAACCGGCGCUGGCGGUGGAGCAGCCGCAAAGUUUGAUAAGUUGACAGGCGAAGGCAUUAAGAGUCGCGGCGACGGCUCCUAUCAGUGCCAGUUCUGUGAUAAGACGUUUCCGCGUCUCGGAUACUUGAAGCAUCACGUGCAGAGCCAUGCCGAGCAUCUGCCCUUCAAGUGCGAGUACUGCGCCAAGUUGUUCAAGCACAAGCGCUCCCGGGAUCGCCAUAAGAAGCUGCACACGAACGAGCGGAACUACAAGUGUCCGCACUGCGAGGCGGCCUUCUCCAGGAGCGAUCACCUGAAGAUCCACAUGAAGACGCAUGAUAUCCAGAAGCCAUUCCAGUGCAGCAUGUGCAACAGGGGAUACAACACGGCCGCGGCUCUCACCUCACACAUGCAGAAGCACAAGAAGAACGCCGCCAUCCUGGCCGCCGGCGGCAAUCCCAAUGCCCUCAACUACAGUCCCCGGUCCACCGGUUCCGCCUCGGCCUCGGUGUCCAGCAAUGGGAGCCUGCACAAGCGGCGCUAUGCCCUGGCCCUGGCCACCGACAGCAGUCCCAGUCGCCUGGACUUCCCCAAGAGAUCGCGCAGUAGUCAUGUGGGCAGCACGCCCACCCCAACACCUCUGCUCAGAUGCAGCUACUGCCCCAAGGCGACAGAGUUCAGCAGCCUGGAGCAGCUGAAUGCCCAUCUCCAGAAUGUCCAUGAGCAGCCGCAGCCACCCCAGCAGCCACAGCAGUCACAGCAGCAGCAGUCGGCGAAGACCCCCGUCCAGGAGGGAGAGGGCUUCCAGCUGAGCUGCGAGUAUUGCACCAUGAAGUUUGGCAACAUUGCCGGACUAUUCCAGCACAUGCGCGCCACCCAUCUGGAUCGUCUGAGCAGCCCAAACUCCUACUACGAGCACUUCAAUCGCCUGGCCACGGCCGGAACAUUCAGUCCACGGCUGGCUCUGGAUCUACCCAAGAUUAAGACGGAUCUGGGCAGUCCCGAGCGUGAGAACCGACCCUCCGAGGACGACCUUCCCACGGAUCUGAGCAGCAACAAGCGUCGACCGCAGACACCCAGUGCUCCGCCCAAUCCUCCGCACGCAACAGCACCACCCGGCAUCUUCUUCUGCAACCAGUGCAACGCUGGACUUCCCGACUUUGAGAGCUUCCGCAACCACCUGAAGAGCCACAUUGCCGAAGGAAUGCAGCUGAUCUGUCCCCACUGUGGCCUGAGCCUCCCGGAGCAGUCGGAGUUCGAGCGGCACGUGGUGGGACACUUCCUGAUCGCCAACUCCGAGUUUAACUGCAGCUCCAGCUGCGGCAAGAGCUUCGGCAAGGCCGAGGAGCUGCAGCAGCACCUCAUCACCGAGCACGUACUCACCCUGCUGAAGUGCGCCCUCUGUUCGGAGAUGUGCGAGACACGGAUGGCCAUGCAGCUCCACCUGGCCUGCGCCCACAGCCAGGAGACGAAGCUGCUGCGCUGCAGCGCCUGCAUGGAGGUCUUCCGUUCCGAUGGCGACUUCCAUGUGCACGUCAAGACGCGCCAUCAGCUGGGGAAUCAUCACCACCCGAUGGGCGGCAACAGCAGUCCGGCCAAUCCGCUGCAGUGCAUGUUCUGCCGGGCCGUGUGCUCCUCUGAGCUGGAGAUGCACUUCCAUCUGGCGGCCCAUGCGCGACAGUUCCGCUGUCCAUCCUGUCCGGAGACCUUCCACGUGGAGUUCCUGCUCGACAGGCACAUGCAGAGCCAGCACGGCGGCGUCAAGGACAAAGAGCUGCCGCCACAGAGCUCCCCCAACAUGGGUAGUCUCUAUGUGAACGCCCUGCUGCCUCCCCUCGCCGCAGCUGCCGCUGCCGCAGCUGCCACCAACAACAACAGUAGCAUCAUCGACUACAACGUGGCCUUCAAGGGGUUGUUUGGUGGAGGAUCAACAGGAGGAAAUGCACCCACAGGUCCCUCGGCGGCCGGCAAGUUCUACAGCCCCUUGCAGGUGGAAACGAAUGCCCUGAAGACACAGACCUCGCCCCAUCCCGCCCUGAUGUACGGCCUCAGCCAGCGGUAUCUGAUGGAGAUGUACGCUGCCAAGUCGACGUCACCGGCCAACAGUGCCGCCAACGAAUCAGCAGGAGGAGGAACCUCCUCCAUCAAUGCCCCGCCAGCACCACAGCCGCCGCCACCUCCCGCACCAGCUGUCACAUUCAGCUGUGGGAUGUGCGAACGUCAGGAUCUGCGCAGCGAGGCGGAACUCCACUCACACCGAAAACUGGCCCACAACCUGAAGACGGGCGUGAGUCUGCGGUGCGCCUACUGUGCGGGCAACUUCAAGUCGCGGGCGGAGCUCGAGCAGCACAUGAAGAGCUGCCACAACUCGACGGGCAAGCACAAGUGCCUCAUCUGCGACGAGAUCUUCCCCUCGCCGGCCAUCCUGGCCGAGCACAAGCUCCAGCACUCGAAGGUGGGCCAAUCGGGCAAGUGCGCCCACUGCAGCCACCCGUUGGAGGAUGUGGUCGCCUUCCGAGCCCAUCUCAGCGAGCAUGGCAGCGAUGGAGCCUCCCUGCCCCUGGCCUGCAUUUGUUGCCGCCAGACACUUCACUCGGAGUUCGAGCUGAGUCUCCAUGCCAAGUUCCAUACGAAGUCCUCGUCCAGUGGCGGCUGCCUCCAAGAACCAGCUUGCGCCCUGUGCCUGGAGCCCCUGCCAGGGGCAGUGGAGGGACCCACCACUCCUGCCAAGCUGUGCGAAAAGUGCUGCCGAAAGCACAACCUCAACGGCAAGCGGAACAAGGCCAGCGAAGCCCCCGUGGUCCAGGCCCAGCCGACUCCCUACCUGGAGAACCGCUGCAACCUGUGCAAGAUGAUCUUGCCGCAUACCCAGAAACUGCAGGAGCACCUGGUCGAGCACACCUUCGCCGGCACCGAGCAGCGAGGCUUUAAUUGCUACAUCUGUUCGGCCGUAUUCACGGCCCCUGGCGGCCUCCUUGGCCACAUGGCCGAGCACGGCGCCCACUCGCGUCCCUACGACUGCAAUCUCUGCCCCGAGAAGUUCUACUUCCGCGCCGAGCUGGAACACCACCAGCGGGCACACGAGCUGAGGCCAACGGUUCGUCCAACAAUCACCAAACCGGAGCCCCCGAUGCGGGGCAGUGCAUCGCCCAGUCCAAGUCCGGUUCGAAGUCCCGCGACCGUGAAGCAGGAGCUGUACGACACGGAUACCGGUCACUCUGGGGGCGGCGAUGAUGAGCCAGAGCCCGCCCAGGAUGAGGAGGAGUACAUAGAGGUGGAGCAGAUUCCGCACGAGACGCGGCCAAGGGAUGUCGUGUCACAGAUGGAAAGGGCCACAAACAGCGCCUGAGGAAGGCGCCCAUGUAGCGAAUGAGGGAGAGGAAAAGUAUCAAGGACACAUAUUCAGAAGAGGGAAAGAGCCCGUAGUAUUCAUAAGACUGUUUCAUGAUUCGGGUAUCCUUGGUAUCCUAUCUUGGAACUCGCAGAAGUACUGGAGUACUUGCCAGAGUAUUCUCCUUUCAAAUCUUAGAUCUUGCCACUUAAAAUCAUACAGUAAAUGGAACAGUUUAGUAUUAAUCAGAUAGAUAUAUCCGAUAUGCAUAUACACACUCCGUAGAUCUAAUGUCACCCUCUUAAAUAUCAUGACACAUAAAAUAUUACACAUACGCCUAGUUUACUCGUAGAAAUUCUUGACAAAAACCUUUGUGUGUGAUAGUUUUUCAAAGAUUCAUCGCGUUUAUUUAUACCCAAGCUAUUUUAUAGUUUAUAGAGCGUUUGGCGAUUUCAUUUUUGUAUGUUAUAGGGCCUUGCCUUCGUAUUUCAGUAUUUAUAUAGAUCUACAUUAUUAAGUAGCCCCCAUCCAACAAUAAUUGAUUAACGAUGUAACUACAAUUUAUUAUACACAUACAUAUUAUCGUAUUAUACAGUUAUGUAUGUAUUACAUAAGCACCAAGAACAUUUUUAAUGUGUAGCAUAAAAAGAACUAAAAAGAAAAAGCAAACGACAGAAUGAUGAUGAUUUA